AUGGCGAACAUGGCAGUAUCCCGCAUCAAACGGGAGUUUAAAGAAGUGCUUAAAAGUGAAGAGAUAACACAAUGCUCGAUAAAGCUAGAAAUGGUAAAUGAUAACUUUACGGAGCUGAGAGGAGAAAUUGCUGGACCACCGGACACACCGUACGAAGGAGGCAAAUUUAUGCUAGAAAUAACGGUCCCCGAAACAUACCCGUUCAAUCCACCCAAGGUGAAAUUUAUGACUAAAAUAUGGCACCCCAACAUAUCCUCCGUGACUGGUGCAAUCUGUCUCGAUAUACUGAAAGACAACUGGGCAGCAGCGAUGACCCUGCGGACGGUGCUAUUAUCGUUGCAAGCGCUGCUAGCCGCUGCCGAGCCGGACGAUCCCCAAGAUGCGGUCGUUGCCACGCAGUACAAAGACAACCAUGAAAUGUUCAUCCUAACGGCGAAACACUGGACCAACGUGUACGCCGGCGGUCCGUUUGCGAACACGGAUUUUGACCAAAAGGUGCAACGAUUGCGUGAUAUGGGUAUACCUGAGUAUGAUGCGCGAGCUGCCCUGUCACGCCAUAACUGGCAUCUGGAGCGUGCCUCCGAGCAGCUAUUCAGUUAG